AUGUUUGAUUUGCUGCUGCUGCUUCAGCUGCUGUUGGCCCUGGCGAGUGCUCGACCUGGACGCGGUCCGGUGAACCUGUCAACGCAGCUGCUGCAGCGACAUGGCGCCAAGCGGGUGAAUUUUAGUUUUGAGAAUCGCGUAGAAGGCUUGUUCUACACCGAACUGGACAGCAGCUUGCGCGAUCUGCUGCUGCAGAUACGCAACUGUACACAGCAAUCGGUGCUCAGCCAGUUUGAUUGGAUACGGGCGUGCAAUUUGGAGGCGGGUCGCAUGCAGCAGCCAGUGUUGGCAAGUGCAAGAUUUCCGUGUGAUCUGCAGAUCGGCGCCCGUUCCGCCGUGCCGCCCACGCACAUUGCCAAGCUGCGCCCCGGCGACAUAGACAUUGUGGCCACGUGUGGCGAUUCCGCCAACUCAGGCACCGGCAUUCUGGGCCUGGGCGAACUGGACGCCUACGUGGAGUAUCGAGGAUUCGCCUAUACUGGCGGUGGCUUUGAGACCUGGCGCACAGCUCUGACGCUGCCGAACAUUCUCAAGCUGUACAAUCCGCAACUGCACGGCUUUGCGGUGGGCCAUAGUCUGGGGGCCGAUGUGAAUGUGUCGCGCUUCAAUCUGGCGGAGCCCUUGCUGAGCAUACAGGACCUGCCGUUUCAGGCGCAUGUGCUGAUCGAGCGCAUGCGCAGGGAUCCGCUGGUGAAUCUGCGCGAGCACUGGAAGUUGCUCAGCAUUCAGGUGGGCGCCAACGAUCUGUGCUCCGAGCUCUGCAGCUGGCCCGAUCCGGAGGCCUUUCUGCGCAUGCUGGCACACCAGCUGCGCGACACCUUUCGCAUACUCAAGCGGCACGUGCCGCGAUUGCUGAUCAAUUUCAUCGUCCUGCCGGACAUUGAUGAGCUGCUCAGCCUCCUGGCCAAGGUGCCAGCCAAGUGUGCCGAGCGUGUGCCCUAUUUUUGCAGCUGCCACAACAAAUACGAGCAGCAGGUCUUCUACAAAGCAGCCAAGCGUUUGCUCGACCUGCAGCUGUCCAUUGCCGCGCUGCCCGAGUUCCGCAGCGACGACUUUGCCAUUGUCUCGCACGGCAUACUCCGGAAUAUGAGCAGCUUCUGGUCACAGAACGGCGACAUGGACGUGCGUUUCUUUGCCAGAGAUUGCGUUCACUAUAGCCAGCUGGGUCAUGCGGUGCUGGCGAAAGUUCUGUGGAACAAUAUGCUGGAGCCAACGGAGCAUUACCUGGACGAGACCUGGCGACAGCCAUUCAAGCAUUUUCUGUGUCCCAAUGCAAAGAGACCCUAUUUGAGAACUGUGGGCGACAAGUUCUAG